CACUAAGCUACGAGCACACACGGGUUGAUCUCGCUUGGACAAGAAGUGAAAUUAAAAGAAACAGUUGCAUUUGAAAUAAUUGUAAGUAUCAGUGCUAUUCUAAUUUGUAAUAUAGACAUUAAUUGAUACAAUUGAAGUAAUGGCUGGUCUGCGAUACAAAUUUCGACUAAAUUCAAAUGGACCGAACAUGCAAACCAUAUUAUACCCAUGGACACGCAUAAUCCUCGCCAGAUUAACAAAGGCUUGUAUAUAUGUUCCCAUGCCAAAACUGCUAUCGAAACCCAUCAAUCUUUGCUUAUACAUCUAAUUAUUGUUUUUCUCCUUAUAAAUCUCGAAAACGUGCAAGGUUAAGAAAGAUAACCCUAUUUGGGAUUGAAAUUCCCGUGUUCAUUAUUUUGGGGCAACGACGGUAUUUAGCGCCAGGAUUAUUUUGUUGUCAUAACAAGAUUCAAUAUAAUGCAUGCAUCAGUCUCAAUCUACUUGAUAUCUGGACUAGAUCAGUUCGCCGGAGUGCACAGUUUAAAAAAAAAUCGUGGAACGCCUAACGGUUAACAGAUAUUGACCGUUUCUUCUUCAUUCGACAUUGUUCGAUGAUUUUAAUUUUAACACUGACUUUAAUUUCAACAGCACAGAUAGCUUUUCUUCGAAUGAUCUGGAUCUUUCCUAUAAUUACCUUACGCGGCAACCAAGGCUGGUCUUCAUAUACUGUAAUUUUAAUUUUACAAGCUUGUCACAACAUUAAGCUUACAUAUCAACAGAUAACAAUAAUGAACAACUGUGAUUCCAAAGAUAUGUAAAUCUACGGAAGAAUACUUAAAAACUGAUGGAGUCAAAUUUUUGGACUCAAAUUUUUAAGCCUCGCCCUUGGUCAAACAUGAAUUGACGAGAGAGUUCCAUCUCUCGCGUUUAAUGCGGUAUUCUGGUACAUUUGAAUAAUUUGGACAUGACGCAACAGUACUUGAUAGUAUGCGCUUGGGUGAAAUCUGAAGUGUUUAACGUCUUCAUAUAUUCACUGAACUGUAUCAAAUCGUGUUCAUGUUUAGAAACUUCAAAAUUCAAUCACCAACACAGCCAAUUUAGACAAUUUCUAUAUAUGUUUCAUAACGAAUUCGUUAGGAAUUGAAAAACACUUCAUGUGCCAUACGGGCAUAUAUGUAUACAAUGCCUUCUAUAAAUAUACUGCAUAUAUAGCCCUAUCAGUUUUCAAUUGUCCUCUCUAGAAGUUUAACAAGACACAUGCAUCUUAGCUUUUAUUGAUUUAAUUCAUAUACAAAGAAUUGGAGAGUUUACUUAAUAUAUAUAUAACAGUUGAGAAGUGCGCGUUUUUAGUCAUCUGUCGUGUCCGUUCACACGGGAUUAAGCCGAUGAGAGUUGACUGGAGAUUACUUGUCAAACGACUACUCAAACUGUCAUUAAAAUUUGAAGAACUCAAAGUUGAUUAGAUGUGCUUGAUGGCGUGUGAAGGACCACUCGAAAUAUCUGAAUGCCAGUCUCCUGAUCCACUGAUUUACCAAAUCCCAUUCGGCCUAGCAGUAAAACGACUGACGGUGCAAAUCUCACAUUCCCAAUGAAAAAAUGGGCGCAUCAUAGCUUUCAUUUCAGCUAGAGUGACAAGCUCUGCAAUCUUGAACAUAACUGGUCGAGACUAUUAAUUUAAGCCCCGCUCUCCCAUCUCAAUGUUGGGUACUUUGUGUCAUGGUAAAUUAAUGGUAAAGUUGUUUUGAUGUCGUUUACAACAUUGAACUUCAUGGGGGUGGGGUGGAUAGGGGAGACAAAGUUUGUUUUGUCAAUGUGCAUUAUCAUCACAUUAGAGAGGUUAAGAUACCCCGGUUCUGGUUUACGGGUACGGGUGAUAUACAUGUACCCGUACCCGUAAACCGGGGAACGACUUGUAACUUAAGAAAUCCAAGAUAUUUCGGUGUGCCAGUAAACCUAUCAGAGAAUGGCAACUCUCGCUAAGUGCAUUGUUUAUUUGGGUAAGAUGUUGAAAAUUUUUACUAUUUAAGCGGCCCACAAAUAGUAAAUAGAGAACACUCGCACCCGUUUGUCUUUUACGUGUAGACCAUGGUUUACAGCGGGGAAAUGGGUAGAAAUUACGGGUAAAAAUGCUGACAUCAGCAAAAAUUGGUAAACAAAAUGGCGAUACUGGCGUACCCGUAAAACGGAACCGGGGUAUCUUAACCUCUCUAAUAUUGGCUGGAACGGUCUCAACUAGAGUUCUGUCCAAGAUUGUGGCUGCAUACAGCUGUAGAGCUGUAGAGCUGUAGAGUUGUAGAGCUGUAGAGUUGUAGAGUUGUAGAGCUGCAUGGAGAUUAUAUCGAACAAGCACCAGAGGCGUUAGGCCUCUGGGGGAGAAUUGCGAGCAUGCUAUAUCUGGAAACUUCUUUGAAUCUGAGUUCUCUGAGAAUAAUUUUUCUUGCAUUCUUAUUAAGUCAUCAGUCGACGGACACAUUUUACUGAUGUUUCAUUGACAAAAUUUAAGAUAAUGGUUGCAAAUACCAAUAAUCACCAUACGAAUUAUAUUCGUUAGAUGAUCUUAUACUUAUCGGUGGUUAUCUCAACUUCGUCUCGGUUUUUAUUCACGAUAAUCACCGAGCCUGAGGUGAAUAAUUGUUUUAGUAUAAUUUCAUAGGUGAUUUGAUUUGGAAAAAUUAUUUUAAAAAAUACACAUUUCUUCGUCACUUAGGUGAUUAUCGCGUUCAAAUCACCUUAACGACAAGCAAUCAGCGCGUGGAUAAUUUUCAAUAAUCACCUACAGUGUAAUCAUAAUGCCCUUUAUUCGACUACUGUCCGUACGGUUGACCGGAAAAACUUCCUCUUCUAGCUGUGGAGGAUAUCAAAUAAAGACACUAAUUAAUAAAUUGUCUAGUGCGUGUCAUUGUAAAGGACGAUAUGUGAUGAACUGUAUGCACAUUAAAAACUAUUGAAAUCAGCCUUACAGUGACAUCAAUUACAGUGUCUGAUAUCGGCUUCGUUCUCAUUCAUUUCCAUGUCUCUGUGGUAUGUUAAAUGUUUUAAAAUUUAACAGACCACACUCAUAUAUGUCAGGUUUGGUUUUAUAAUUAAUAGUGCACCUAACAUAAUCUGGUUAAUCCGACCACAUAGCCUGGUUUAAAUUAGCCAGGAUUAUGAUCAAACUAAGCAGGACUGUGAUUAAAUUUAACCAGAAACAUUAGAUUACCCCAAUCAGUGUUGAUUUUAAAUUAACAAGCAGGAAUUUUUUAGUGUGUAUAUAUAUGUCCUUUUUCUUUGUAUGCUGCAAAAUCGAUAAAUUUCAUUCCCCAAAAUUAAACGUUUUUGUUCAAAGUUGAACAUAUAGCGCAUAUAAUUAUAUGAUUCAUUACGAAUUUUAAGUGUGAAAAUACUGAUUUCUGAAUGGUAUUGCUAAUCAGUGAAUAUUUCCUAAAAAAUUAAAACGUGCCUGCUUUCGUUAAUAGAUGGCUAACUUAAUCUGACUUGCCCACAUUACGCCAUCACACAAUACAUUGCAAUAUGAAUUUUAUGUCUCUGUUGAGAGAAAUGGUCAAUAAAGGAUUAUUUUUCAACUGAUGAUUUGUCUCCCACGUAUUUAAACAAGCUUCUUUGGAAAAUAACGUUAAUAAAGCCCACUGCAUGCAUCAUUUGCACGUCAUUAACCAAUGAAAGAAUUUGAGUCGGCGUUCUGUCGCCAAGGACAAAAAACAUAAUAUUGAAACAAAGUUCAUAUCAACCAUUAGUCAUGGGUGAAAUUUAUUAAUAAGUUGGUUCAAUUAUGCGUAAAUAUUAGGGCAUUGGGCAUUGCCAUAGAUAUCUUAUACAGCUAUUUCAAUAGCUUUCAAUUAAGGUUGUCCCCCCGAGCAAAGCGGAAAAGUCGAAUACGAGCGCGAAAGGCUGCUGGAUUUAUUAGCGAUUCCCAGCAGCCUUUCGCGCUCGUAUUCGACUUUUCCGCUUUGCUCGGGGGACAACCAUUUAUUAGCGAUUCCCAGCAGCCUUUCGCGCUCGUAUUCGACUUUUCCGCUCUGCUCGGGGGGACAACCUUAAUUGAAAUAGCUGUAUACACUAGAUAGCGCAUCUCUUUUAGUAAAAUUGAAGCCAAAAGAAUAUUCCAGCGGUUACCCCCAUUUGAAUAGAUGGCGGACAUGUUGGAAUUUCCCACUCGCUAAUAAACGCUUAAAAAAUAACAAUAACUUUCAUCAUUUGAAUAGUUUGAAAAUGUAUUUGGAAUAGGUUUAACUUAAUGUUUAAGUUCCCUGUUUAAGAAAUAGAAAACAUACGAGUCUUCUCAUUUCAUGGGAAUAUCCUGAGUCUGCAAUCACGGCUUCAAUUUUUGAAUUGCAGAAUAAUUAGAUGCACUAUCUAGUCUAUAUAAAUAUCUAUGGGCAUUUCACUCGAUGUGAAUUAUAAAGCUGAUAUUUAUUCAUACAGCUCAACUGGCGUCAUGCGCUUGCGGUUAAAGGCUUGACAACUAGACUUUGUUACUCGGUCGGGUACAGAACGCCGAGGUUCGCAGUAGUAGGUGGCUUAAAAUGUAUCAAAUUUACACUCUGCGAACUUUCUAUCUAGAAAAACUCAUCUCAGAGUCACAGAGUUUAAAGCAGUGAGUUCUAUAAAUACCUGGACCAACAAGUUCAGUCAUAUACGGCCUAUGAGAAAAGCAUGCAUGAAGCCAGGAAUGAUGCAUGGUAGGAUGGUGGAAAUUCAUCAUGUCCAAUAGCUAUGAAGAUUAUAAACAGUUUUAAUACCAUUUCCUCCAAGCAAAUUGCAGUUUUUUCAAACGGACCGAAUCGCUAUAUCAUGUUAUCAGUUCAUAAAACCAAAUAGUAUUAUUCUCUAAAUCGAUGUUAAAAUACGAAAUUUCGGCAAACGUCUUAGGUCGAGAAUUUGCAGUUUUGAGUUUUGAAAGAACAACUUUAAUGGACAACUUGCAUGUUAACGUUAGACUAAAUUUUAAUCUAAGUAAAGAGAAGGGAAUCAAACACAACAGCUAAAAAGAACAUAAUGAAAUUAGUAAAAUUGAAAAUUGGUUGCGAAAUGUUGUAAAAUACGGAAAAUACAGUCGUGCAAAUUUUGCAUAUUUUGUAUAUGUUUGUAUAUUACGUGCGGAAAUUGUUACCAUUUUUGAGCCGAAAAUGAUACAAAAUUUGCAAACUUUGCAAGGGUAUAUUUUCCAAGCUUUACAGCAUUUCUCAACUGACUAAAUUUUGCAAUUUUACUAAUUUCAUUAUGUUCUUUUUAGCUGUGGUGUUUGAUUCCCUUCUUUUUACUUAGAUUAAAAUUUAGUCUAACAUGCAAGUUGUCCAUUGAAUUAGCUGUAUAUCGAACGCACUGGCCUAGGACUGAAAUUUGACAAAGUCGGCCAAAAACCAUACGUUUUUUUUGUUCUAAAAUUCGGUAAUAUACAUGACCUUGACAAACUCGCUCGUGCACUUUCUCCAAAUGACUCGAAACCAAACCUGAGUUACCUAUACUAACUAAUUUCAUCAUAUAAACGUAUGCUUCUCUCUCGGGCGUAGACUACUGACGCUAACCGGGCCCCUUAUAGAAGAUUAUCGUUUAAAUUUUAGUUUAAAUACAAACAAAAUGUUUGGUGAGAAAAUGAAAAACAAUAUUUCCGUUUCAUUUCAGGUUGUUGGGAAAAUGGCAAGUAAAGGCUUUCUCUUCGUCUGCAUUUUUGUUGCCGUUCUUCACGCAUGCGCAGCUAAACCGUGGAGCAGCCAAUCCAAACGUCACUUUAUCUUACACGAGGUAAAUGUCGUCCACUUGAUAAAAAGUGUUCAAAACCUCAAAUCGUUUUGGCGUUCCUCUCAAAAUUACUUUGUUUUAGCUUUAUUUUAUAGUUUAUACAGUUAGCAACCUUUUUAAAUGUAUCUGGCGGUUGAGAAACACAAAAUAAUAGUUAAAUAUUGUCAAUUUAGGCAAUUCCAGCUUUUAGUUUAUGCGAAGGGGGGGGGAAUGGGAAGUAAGGUAUCAUAUUGCUGAUUAUGCUGAAAAAAAAAUGGUAGCCGUGUAAACACGGAUAGCUUGUACUUGUAAAUAUUGAAAUGCUUUGGUUGUUUCGGCAGUUUUUAUUGAACAUUUUCAGCAUAAUCAGCAAUAUGAUACCUUACUUCCCGUCACCCCCUGCGCGCAAAAUUAAAAGUUGAAAUUGCCUAUUAUCGUUGAUGCUGUAAAAUUGACGUCAUAUUUGUACAGCGAAAAAAGCAAAACUUGCUAAACUUCAGACAUCAUUUUCUCUUUGGCGUACCAUCUCUUCAUUUUAGCAUUAUUUUACAGAUAAAGCACUAAACAUACUUUUUAAGUUUGUUUGCUGCUUGAGAGACAAGUAGUGACAAGACUUAAUACUUCAAAAAGUCAGGCGAAUAGGUAUCUUGAAAAUGUGCUGUAUGGAGUCAUAGGCUAAUUCAGAACAAGCUAAUGACUGCGCAAAACUACACACGUAAAAACUAACAGGUCUGCAAACAAAUUGUUACAAAUCUGUUCACAAGCUGUCGCCGGACAAGUUGUGUUCGCACUGCUUGUUCCCUGUUGUUGUGACAAGUUUGAAACGAGCUGUUAACAACCUGUAACAAACUUGAUGGCAUUAUCAGACUUGUUACAAGGUUGUUCUAACAAGUCUAACACAUGCAGUCAUGAUAAUUAACAAUUAUUCGCCGAAGGCGAGGUGAUUAUCGGUGAUAAUCACCGAGCCUGAGGUGAAUAAUUGUUUUAGUAUAAUUUCAUAGGUGAUUAUUUGGAAAAAAAAUUAAAAAUGCACAUUUCUUCGUCUUUUAAUCGACAAAACGGCUUCGGCCGCCAUUUUGAAAAUGGCUUAGGUGAUUAUCGCGUAAUAAUCACCUCAACGGUAACCAAUCAGCGUGGAGAAUUUUCAAUAAUCACCUACUAGUGUAAUUAUACUAAACAAGAAUGUUACAAGGUUGACGACACAAUAUUGUAAAAAAUAUUGUUUUAUCAUGACUAUAUCGGAUUGUUGGAACAACCUUGCAACAAGUCUGAUAAUAUCAACAAGGUUGUUACAAGUUGUCAACAGCUUGUUCCAAACUUGUUGACAACUUGGGACAAGCAGUGCGAACACAACUUGAUGACAGCUUGUUGGCAAACUUGCUACAAGAUGUGAGAUUUUUCCACAUGUAUACCUCAUCUCCCCCCCCCAUUGAAGAAGGCUUAGACCCGCCCUUGGGCCCUGACCAAUGCUUUUCUCUAACUUAUUUUGCAGCUCAGAAUGAAACGUACUUGCGACAAAUUUCUAAGGGGUUGUGCGAGUGUGGAAGAUUGUGAAAGUCCUACGUGCAGCAUGAAGCUCGCGUGUCAACUAGACGUAGCAAGAGGAGAGAAAGUUUGCUCUCCAUCCGCAAAAGACCUCACUGGAUUUUUCAGGCGUGAAUAUCUUGGACAGCCAUGGUAAAAACUUUGAGAAACAACCAUAUAAUUAUAGAUCAGUGAAAACCUAACCGUAAAUUGUAGUUUAUUUUUGUAAUCAUACGUUUGCAAUCAAUGAAUUGAGAUAUUAUUUUUUCCAUAUCGUCAGCAGUGACGUAGCCGAAGGAGGGCCCGGGCGAAAUUGUGCCUCAAUUGGGAAAAUUCUGACUUGUACCUUAAAGCAUGUGAAUUAUGUUUUCACUUCCUGGAGUGUACAUUUUAUAUCUUGCUAUGUUUUAAAUGUUCUGGAUUGGUUUAUGUGAUUAAGUAAAUGAUUAUUGAGAACCACCAAACACGAUAAAAUAGCCCCCACAAUGCCGAAAAUGGUAUUCUGAAGACUCUAGAUUUUAAAAGGUCUGUGGACAUUACAAAAGAUGCAGCUUUCCGGGAGAAAUUUCUCCAGCGCCCUGCAAUUUUUUCGCCCCCCCCCCUGACUAAAAGUUCUGGCUACGUCACUGAUCGUCAGUACCAAUCGCACGAAACGGAUAGAAAAUUUCUGGCAACACAAAAGUAAAACAGUGUAUAUAGACAAAUUUGGCUAAACGUUGUUUUACGUAAUAUUUCAAAUCCACUGUGAGGACUGUACGAGAAUGGUUCAGUUCGAAUUGGACGAUUUGGAGAUCCCAAGUUUACAUUUUAGAUAACGUUAUGUAUAAGAGUUAUUCAUGUAGACAAUUCUGACGCUUAGUUACCUAAACAGGUUAGCCAAUCUCGGCAAUAAGCUGCCGAGAAAAUAUUUUAAAAACACUUUUUUACAUUUUAUUAUACACCUGUUAUUAUAGCAAUUAAUUGUUAUUAUAAUUUGUUGACACUUGUUGACAAGUUUGCCACAAGUCAACAAAACACGAACUAUAUUUAGUCUAUAGUCUAGUGUUAGCAACAUAACGAAUACUAUAUUGAUUGAUGUUGUAAAAUUUUCACUGCCAUUUUCUAUACGUAAUCAUGAAUUUGACGAAUAAUAAAGCUUAAAUAAGCAUUUUGUAAUUUUUGUCCUCUGUCAGAAUUUACAUCGGAAAGUUAGAAACGGAAUUAUAAAAAUGCCUGAAAAACCGUUUUACGCCCUCCUGUCGUA